GUGCCCUCGCGCCCCGCCCGGGCCGCCAUGGCCGCCCCGCCCAAGCGCGGGCGGCGCGACAGCCGCGUCAAGAAGGUCGCCGUGGAGGGCAACAUCGCUGCAGGGAAAUCCACCUUUGUGAAUAUUCUGAAACAAGCCAGCGAGGAGUGGGAAGUGGUUCCCGAGCCCAUAGCUAGGUGGUGCAAUGUCCAGCAAAACCCUGGAGAUGAUUGUGAGGAGCUGACCACGUCCCAGCAGAGUGGUGGGAACGUGCUGCGGAUGAUGUACGAGAAGCCGGAUAGGUGGGCUUUCACCUUCCAGACGUACGCGUGCCUCAGCAGGAUCCGGGCUCAGCUCAGCGCCCUCGAGGGCAAACUCCAGGACAUGGAGAAUCCUGUGGUCUUCUUCGAGCGGUCUGUCUACAGCGACAGGUACAUCUUUGCAGCUAAUUUAUAUGAGUCUGAUUGCAUGAACGAGACCGAGUGGACUAUUUACCAAGACUGGCAUGACUGGAUGAAUAAGCAGUUUGGUUCAAGGCUGGCGCUGGAUGGGAUCAUUUAUCUCAGAGCCACUCCUGAGAAAUGCUUGAAUAGGAUUUUCAUGCGAGGAAGAGAUGAGGAGCAAGAAAUCCCCAUUGAGUAUCUGGAGAAGCUUCACUACAAACAUGAAAGUUGGCUCCAGCAUAGGACACUGCGAACAGAUUUCGACUAUCUACAGGAAAUUCCAGUUUUGACCCUAGAUGUUAAUGAAGAUUUCAGAGGCAAAAAGGACAGAUACAAACACAUGAUCGAAAAGGUCAGAGAAUUUUUGAGCACAUUAUAAUCCUCUUUGAAGUGCAGACAGAGUCAAACCAUUCCAAACAUCUGUGCGAUCAAAGUCUCGAGUGCAGCUUCUGCUUUUAUAGGAGGCCUCUGGAGAGGCAGGACUCAAUCCUGGUGAUUUGACUGUGAGGAACAAAUAAACUUUGUGAACAGGGAAAUUACUAAAUAAAUCAGCACAUCUGUUCA